AUGAUGAGUAGACGAUUGAAGAGUGAAUCCAAGGACCUCCGUCCUCCGGCGCUUAGUCGCUCGCACACAUCCGAGGCUCUGAUGGAACCCCAAACUUCCGGUGCCACCAAUCCGAGGUCUCAACUAGAUGCACAAACUAUUCAUGUUGAUGCUCCACAAACUGUUGAUGUUGAUGAAGGAGAUGAUGAAGAAGUUGCAGAUAAUAAGGGUGGUGGUCAUAGAGUAUCUUGGGUAUGGCAACAUUUUGAUCGAGAUGUCGUAAAGAAUGGUGCUAAGAAAGUGAAAUGCCCAUAUUAUUCAACAAUGAUGUGUGCAAAUUCAAAGAAAAUGAGUGCAAGAGGAAAUCAUUUAAGACUCUAUUGUCCAACAUCUCCUGUUUACGACCCUAAAGGCAAAGUUGGUGAUACGAAAAAACAAUUUAUGUUGAGUUUCAAAAAAGUGGGAGACUCAGGGGCUACUUCUUUGGAAGUUCAUUCCGUCAGCCAAGAGAAAUGUAGGAAUUCCUUAGCCCACAUGUGUAUUAAAGACAAUCAACCUUUUAGUAUAGUUAAAGAUGAAGGAUUUAGGGAAUAUUCACGGGAUUUGCAACCUCUUUUUAAAUUGCCUUCAAGGUGGACUAUUGCAAGGGAUUGUUUGCAGAUAUACAAAGAAGAAAUGUAUAAAUUGAAGGAUGUUUUAAGAAACCAAACCGUCUCCAUUACAACUGAUACUUGGACAUCCAUCCAAACCAUUAACUAUAGUUGUUUAACGGUACAUUGGGUUGAUGAGACGUGGGUUUUGAGAAAGAAAAUUCUGAACUUUUGUCCCAUUGCAAAUCACAAAGGUGUAACCAUAGGAAAACUCGUUUACAAAUGCUUACAAAAUUGGCAAAUUAAGAAGGUGUUUACAGUGACUGUGGAUAAUGCUUCCUCAAAUGAUGGGGCAAUUAGGGACAGGUUAGAAGAACAUUUUAGCUCCAUCACAAAGAUCCGAAAUGCUGUGAAGUAUGAGAGGUCAUCGGGUGCUAGGUUUGCUACAUUCCUAGAAUGUGUUGAGAAAGUGAAGAUUAAUUGUAGUAAGAAACCAUCCCUUGAUGUUGACACAAGAUGGAAUUCUACUUUUUUGAUGUUAGAGACGGCAGAAAAGUAUGAGGCGACGUUUGAUAGGCUUCUUGUGAUUGACAGUGGUUUUAAAACUUUUUGCGGAAGUGAGGUUGAUGAUGGUGAGGUGACUACAAGAAAAAGAAGAAGAAAUGAGAAAGUUUUGGGGACUCCCGAUGCCGACGAUUGGGAGGUUGCUAGGUAUUUUAUCGAGUAUUUGAGGAUCUUUUACAAUGUCACAAAAAAGAUAUUUGGGUCCAAGUAUGUGACAACAAAUAAAUUUUUUAAGGAACUUGUGACAAUGCAAGCAAGCAUAACUAGAAUGUGUGCAAGCACAGACGAGAAAAAGAAAAGGAUGGAAAAGUCAAUGAAAGAAAAAUACGACAAAUAUUAG